AGAAGCGCGAGAGAGAGAGAGAGAGAGAGAGAGAGAGAGAGAUUGUGUUGUUUGUACAUCGUACUGGUCAAAUGAGAAUUACCAUUAACGGGUUUUGGUUAUUACUGCCUCGAGCUGUUCUGUAUUAGGACUCCCCGUCCCCCUCUCAGAUACGUUUCUUUGUUGGGGAGGGGGAUCCAUUUAGAGCUUCAUUUGCGGAGGAGGUGAGAGAUUCAGUAGAUCGCUUGCUUGAUUGCCCCCAAUUCGUGCCUUUGCGUUUCUUGCACUGGAUUUGAUCGGGGGAGGCGGCGUUCCGGUGCUCUUUUUAGGUUCUUGAUCGUCUUCUCGGAUCGUAUCUUCUAUUGGGCGCUGAUCAAAAUCCAUUCUUUCGGCUGAUUUCUCGCUGGGUCAUGGAAAAGUUCUGAAAUUCCGAGAAAACUUGCAAUCCUCAGUUUCUAUCGCCUGUUUGUCGAGGGAGUUCAUCGGAAACUGUUCUGAGCAUUACUAAGGUUCUGCAUUUCUUGCUUAUUGGACUACUACAACUGUUCAAUUCUAUAAUAAGAGUCUUCUAACUUAGAUGGCGAACCCACCUCCACCUUCUUCUGGCCUUUCCAUCUCCGUUGACCGCCGGAAUCCCGAGACCUCGAGCCCUCACUCCGCCAGAAGUCCAAUCCCUCCUCCUCAGGUCACACCUAAAGUGCCCCGGUUUCCACCACCGAUAUUGCAACAGGAUCACUCAGGGUCCCCUUCAACCAGGCCCCCUAACUUAUUGUCUCCUGCAGCAAAUGGCGCUACAUCCGGCAGUCCGGCUCCCCAUUUAAGCACACCUCCUGGUCCUCCUGUUUUUACUUCUCCUUUAAGGCCUGCUGCAGUGCCUUUUCGGAGCUCUCCUGCAACCCCGCAGCCCAUCGCUUUCUCUUCGGGCUCGUCUUUGCCAGCUUCUACACCUCCACAAUUUUCAAAUGGGUCUGCUCAAUUGCAACAUCAAGUUUCUGAUCCCGUGGAGGACUUGAGUUCUGGUGGGAGUGCACCUUAUGUACUAUUUUCAGCCCAGAAGAUAUUGAAACAAAAGAAACAAGCAAAUGUUCCCAGCUUGGGGUUUGGGGCAUUGGUUUCUCCAGGAAGGGAGAUCUCAUCAGGCCCACAAGUAAUUGAGCGGAACCCUCACCGCUGUCAAAACUGUGGGGCCUAUGCAAACUUCUAUUGCAAGAUUCUCCUUGGUUCAGGACAGUGGCAAUGUGUUAUUUGCCGUAAACUGAAUGGGAGUGUAGGCGAAUACAUGGCUCCAAGCAAGGAAGACCUCAGAAACUUCCCUGAGCUCUCAUCUCCAAUCGUGGAUUAUGUUCAGACAGGGAACAAGAUAUCUGACUAUAUACCUGUUUCUGACUCAAGAGCCUCCGCUCCCAUCGUUCUUGUUAUAGAUGAGUGCCUAGAUGAGCCCCACCUUCAGCAUCUGCAAAGCUCAUUGCACGCCUUUGUUGAUUCCCUCGGGGCCACAACGAGAAUCGGAAUCAUUCUAUAUGGCCGAACAGUAUCAGUCUAUGACUUUAGUGAAGAGUCAGUUGCCUCAGCUGAUGUUCUUCCUGGGGACAAAUCUCCGAACCAGGAAUCGCUGAAGCAGUUGAUUUACGGGACUGGUGUGUACUUAUCCCCUGUUCAUGCUUCCUUACCUGUAGCACAUGCAAUAUUUUCUUCGAUAAGGCCAUACCAGCUCAAUGUUCCUGAGGCAUCCAGGGACCGGUGUCUGGGGGCUGCAGUUGAGGUUGCUCUGGCUAUAAUAAAGGGUCCGUCAGGAGAGAUGUCGAGCGGGAUAGUGAAGAAGUCGAGAGGGAACAGCAGGAUCAUCGUGUGUGCUGGUGGGCCCUGCACUUAUGGGCCCGGGUCGGUUCCCCACUCUUUCACUCACCCGAACUAUGCCCAUUUGGAAAAGACAGCUUUAAAAUGGAUGGAGAAUCUGGGCCAUGAAGCCCAUCGGCAUGGAACAGUGGUGGACAUAUUAUGUGCUGGGACUUGUCCUGUUAGAGCUCCAACUUUGCAGCCUCUAUCAAAGGCUUCUGGGGGCGUCCUGGUCCUUCAUGAUGACUUUGGGGAGGCCUUUGGUGUGAACCUGCAGAGGGCAUCGAGUAGAGCAGCUGGGUCCCAUGGUUUUCUGGAGGUUCGCUGCUCGGAUGAUAUCCUCAUAACCCAGGUUGUGGGCCCUGGUGAGGAGGCACAUGUGGAGGCCCAUGAUAGCUUUAAACACAAUGCUGCUCUAUCUAUUCAGAUGCUGAGCAUUGAGGAGACGCAGAGCUUCUCUCUGUCCAUGGAGACCAAAAGAGACAUCUUGAGUGAGGAUGUGUUUUUUCAGAUUGCAUUUCAGUUCUCUAAUAUCUAUCAAGCAAAGAUCUCGAGGAUCAUUACAGCAAAAUUGUCCACUGUUGAUAGUCUUUCGGCAUAUCUUAAUAGCAUUAACGAUGAGGUGGCAGCUGUCCUUAUUUCCAAGAGGACUCUCCUGCGAGCAAAGAACCAAUCGGAGGCAAUCAACAUGCGGACAACGAUAGAUGAGAGAAUCAAAGAUAUAGCUUCAAAGUUCGGAUCACAGGUACCGAAGUCAAAGCUGUACAAGUUCCCCAAGGAACUGUCUCUACUACCUGAGCUCCUAUUCCAUCUUAGGAGAGGCCCACUGCUGGGGAGCAUAGUAGGCCAUGAAGAUGAGAGGUCUGUUCUGAGGAAUCUCUUCUUAAAUGCGUCCUUCGAUCUCUCUCUCCGAAUGAUCGCACCCCGCUGUUUGAUGCAUCGGGAAGGGGGAACCUUCGAAGAAUUGCCCGCUUAUGAUCUUGCAAUGCAGUCUGACACGGCCGUUGUUCUUGACCACGGGACAGAUGUCUUCAUUUGGUUGGGUGCUGAGCUAGCUGCUGAUGAGGGAAGAAGUGCAGCUACUCUAGCAGCUUGCAGAACACUGGCUGAAGAGCUCACAGAAUCACGAUUUCCCGCUCCGAGAAUCCUUGCAUUUAAGGAGGGCAGCUCCCAGGCCCGGUAUUUCGUUUCUCGGCUGAUACCUGCGCACAAGGAUCCUCCCUAUGAGCAGGAAGCGAGAUUCCCGCAGCUCCGGUCUCUGACGGUGGAACAGCGGAUGAAGCUUAAGAGCAGCUUUGUCCACUUCGAUGACCCAAGUUUAUGCGAGUGGAUGCGGGGCUUGAAGGUUGUGCCUCCAGAACCUAGCUAGUGAAUCCUUUUGUCAUCUUUCUUCCCGGCCGUAAUUUUACGUCCGAAAGCUUGGGAAAUCCAAGGAGCGUGUAUCGACGAGAUGCCAAGCUGAUGUUUCUUUGGUUACAAUCUUUUUUUGUUUAUUAUUCUUGUCAUUUUUACAGUAAGGUAAUAAUUACUCAGAGUAGAGUCAAAAGUUCGGUGAUGGAUUCGAUAAGUCCAUUCUUUUCUGCUUCACUAAUUUCUCAAGUACAACAAUUCUUUGGAGAUGUAGACAGAGAAUCAACGGUCUUAUUGUUUUCCAUUUCAUUA